CUGGAUGUCGAUACCCCACGUACUGUUGCAUAUUGGUAUGUUGAUGCAUGAUAGUUACAGGCGACAAACGGGCCAGCGAGGGAGUUGCGGUGUAUGCUCAGUCCGCUGUGUUGCUCCUGGACAUGCGAUUGAUGAAUUUUAUCCACUUUUUCUCUCACUAUUUUCUCUUACUUUGUUGGGUUGGAGGCACGCUCUCUUUGUGUCAGGGUAUGCGUGGAUCAGAUUUUUGGAUUGUUUGUUUCAUUAGUUAGGUAAAACUCGCAAUGCGUGCAUGGGUAUCGGAAAUUGCGAGAUUCAGAAUUAAAUCAACAUCAGAGGAUUUGCACACAAAAUCCUCCAUUCACCAGGCUAUAGGCCUGCAUGAGCCACUCCGUAUUAGCUGCAUGGCUGAACCCAUCUCUUCAAAGAUUUGAUGGCCAAAACGUGGAAACAGAGCACUUCCUCUGGCUUCUAGUUUCCUUGAGCUUCCAGGUGCUUCUCUUCAUGUGGGAAGCACGCAAUGCAUGCCUUGGUUCCUUCGUAAGGCCUGGCCCUCCUCGUCCUCCUUCGUCCUCCUCGCCCUCCUCCCGGAGAUCCAGAGCGCCAGGCCGCUGUCCCCAAGGCCCCCGGUCGUUGUCAGCGAAAGCAGAAGACCUCUUGGCAUGCCAAGAUGUUUCCGCUGCUCAGGCCGCUCCUCUCAUGCACAACGACGUCAAACUCGCCCCAUCUCGCGCCAGGCCGCAUCGUGAUUGGUUUCUGGGAUCUGGCGGGGCGUUAUUGGCAGCAACAUCAGUGCAUCACGUGGCGAGGUUUCCUCCCCGCUAUCCAAUGGGAAAUACGCUUGGCUCUUGGCUGCGGUGGAACAUCGUCCGCCGAGGAGAAAGAGGGAAGCUGACAAGGGUGAGAUGGCGAUAG